AUGACACGUAUUCCCUUGGCACAAUAUCUCUUCAAGCGUCUACGCUCACAAGGAGUACACGCCAUCCAUGGUGUCCCGGGUGACUUUACGCUCAAGGCCCUCGACCACCUCCCCCCGAGUGGUGUGAAAUGGAUCGGGAACUGCAACGAGUUGAACGCAGGGUACGCGGCGGACGGGUACGCUCGAGUCCGGGGGCUCGGGGCCCUGUUCACCACCUACGGCGUGGGUGAGUUGUCGGCCAUCAACGCGGUGGCGGGGAGUUUCUCCGAGUCGGUCCCCGUCGUCCACAUUGUCGGCACGCCGCAAAGGCGCCUCCAGGAUGCGAGGGCGAACGUACACCACACGUUGGGAGACGGCCGGCCAAGGGUGUUUGCUCAGAUGCACCGGCCCGUCACCGUCGCCCAGACGGACCUCCGUGACGAAACCACGGCCCCCGAGGACAUUGAUCGUACCGUCGCCGCGGCCCUCGAACAUUCCCGACCCGUUUACAUCGAACUACCUUGUGACAUGGUGUCGAAGGAGGUCGACGCCGCGGGACUGGAGGUGCCGUUGGUGGAUCGUUUUACGACGACGGAAGAAUUCAAGGCUCGAGACGAGGACGCCCUCGUCGCGGACAUCGUCCGGAGGUUGUACGGUUCCAAAAGGCCCCUCGUCCUGGUCGACAGCGGUGACGGGUUACGUUCACCCUCUCUCCGACGAGAGGUCAACGAAUUCGUCAAGAGGUCGGGAUUACCCACGCUGUGCAUGCCUUCGGGAAGUGGAAUGGUAGAUCACGCGCUCGGAAACUACUACGGCGUCCAUUCCGGUCCCGUGGGUCAGAUCGAUACCAUGCCGUACGUGAACGGAGCCGAUUUGGUACUCGCCUUCGGACCGAUGUUUUCAGACACUCAGACCUUGGGUUGGAAGGUGGUUCCGGAACCGGAAAAGACAAUAACAAUGGGGAAGAAUCAUUUGUCUUUGCCUACGCGAACCAGCACGACUUUGUCAAGGAUAAAUCUGCACUCUCUACUGCCCAGACUGACCAAACUUCUCGACAAGACACUACUCUCCAAACCGGACGUAUCAACACUGGGUGACUUUCGAACCGUCGUACCGAGACCGAGACCGACGUCCGCAUCUACGUCUACAGCCAACGAAGACGGUCAAUCAGACGACGAUCCGAUCGACCAGACAAACUUUUACCUUCGUCUCAACCCGUACCUACGACCCGACGACGUCGUGUUGUUGGGUAACGCCACACCCAUCCUAGGUGGUCGUGAUCUGGUCCUACCGACUGGAUCUCAAGUCAUCGCGUCAGGACAAUGGUUUUCAAUAGGUCACAUGUUACCCGCCGCGUUGGGAGCCAGUUUGGCUCGACAGCAAACCGUAAGAAACGGUGGUCGUACGAUACUACUAGACGGUGACGGUAGUUUUCAAGUGACGGCACAAGAGCUGAGUACCGUCAUACGUUACCGCGUGGACCUGACGAUCUUCCUGAUCAACAAUUCGGGUUACGCUUACGAGAGACAAAUCCACGGUAUGAAUGAAGAUUAUAAUGAUUUGUCUUGUUGGAACUACAUGGAAUUACCAUUUGUAUUUUCGAAUAAACCGCACAGAAACGACGAUGGCACCACCACCACCACCACCACCACCACCAACGACAACCGUAAUCAUGACGAGGAUGACGAGUAUCCCAUCAAAAGUUACGUGAUACGUACCUGGAGGGAAAUGGAUACUCUGUUGGCUUCUGAAGAAUUUUGUACCGGAAAAGGUCUACGAUUUGUUGACGUUAGGAUGGACAAGUUUGACGUCCCCGAGAAGUUCAGGGUGGUUUUCAAAAGGGCCGGUGAGCAAUUGGGUUAGGUGACUUGCUACCUAGGUACCUAGGUGAGGGAUCAUCAUGAUCAUGUGUAUACCGCGGCAAUGGGGUUUUGUUUGACAUGGUACAUACUUCGUAAGAACUAG